AUGAAGCUUUCUGAAGGAGGCCUCCUCCUGUGUGUCUUGGCCACAGUCCUCCUGACCGGAGAGUCAGCUCCUCGGAUGCUGAAUUCUAUCAAAGAUCUGAAGGAAGUGGAUUUUGGACGCUCGGUGCCCAAACACAGCCUCCUGCUGCUGUACUGGUUUGCAAGCAAUAUCAACAUUAAUGACAACAACAUUAGAUUAACAUUUGAUCCAACCACAGACUUUGGUUCACAUCGCUACUACAACAUUGAAGGCUUGUUGGAUCAGUUAGAGGAAGGGUUCCAUUACUACACCAUCGGCAAUCUUAAUCUUAAUGAGGACUUUCCUGGAUAUGUCCGUAACCCCCCAGACAGACAGUAUGAAGGAGGGAACCUGGACAGGAUUGUAGUCCGGCAAGAUUCACAUGACGACAGUAUAGAUGGAGUGUACCUCACACAGCACACACCAGGAAGUGCAGAAUAUGACCCAGACCACACCUACCAGAUAUCCCCCACCCUUCUGCGUCAAAUCAGACAGUUUUCAACACAAACCAUCACUUCACUCCGGCAGCGGUUUCGCAGUAACAUCAACGACCAGCAGUUAAACACUUUCAGAAGCACAUAG